GAAGCAGAUAGGUUUUUUUUUAGUAAUUGUAAUUCUAGUUACACGAGUAAUGCAUUAAAAAAUGAUGAUCCCUGUUAUGCUUCUUUUCAUUUUGUUUAUACGUGUGGUUUAUCGUUGCUAAAGCAGACAUGGCUACCAAGCAGCCAAAUACAGGCCUCUUUGUAGGACCGUACAAGGGCCAUGUUGCAACCAAGGAGGAGUUGGCUCGACGUCCAUCUAAUAGAAAAGGAGAAAGUAAAACUAGCAAGAGAGUCCAUUUUGUGAGGAACUUGAUCGGGGAAGUUGUUAGUUUUGCACCGUACGAGAAGAGGACCAUCGAGCUUUUGAAAGUCCGUAAGGACAAGCGAGCGCUCAAGGUAGCUAAGAGAAAGUUGGCAACUCAGAAAAGGGCGAAGAAGAAGCGAGAGGAGAUGUCUGGUGUUCUUCGCAAGACGAGGGUUCCCUGCAAAUUUUUAGAUUAUCCGGAAGGAAUGUGA